ACUCUAUCUGUCAUUUAAAUCUGCCGCUUUCAUAACGAACGCCAGCACGUGUUUGUUUACAGCGCAGUGAACGCGCACUGUAAUGCGCACGUGGGUUGCCAUAUGUGCUCUAUUGAAAUGCAGAGGUGUGGUCACGCAUGAAGUCAUUAAGCAGGAAAUAAAGUUUCUGAUUUCUCGAAGGACAUUCAGCCUUAUCAUUCAAGUAACUUACUUAUACAGCAUAGAAUGGCGUACUGUACACAAACACUGGCUAAGGGCUGCUUUGGGAAAAUAUAUAAGGAGAAGUUUGGAGACUCAUGGGCUGCUUUGAAGAGAGUUCCUGUAGGUCUCAUCAACAGAAUAGAGCUGGAAAGAGAAUGCAGAGUAUAUCAUAAUGCUCGGCAUCCUAAUGUGGUGAAGCUUCUUGGUGACCCUUGGAUAAAAGACUCGAAGUGGAACAUUCCUUUAGAAUUUAUCUUCGGGGAAGAUCUUGAGACGACCAUCUUUAAAACACAAAUCUCCAAAAUACAGUUGACUCCAGCAGUGAGAGCCACAAUCAUCACAGGGAUGUGUGAAGGUUUACUUUAUCUACACAGUAAAGACAUCGUCCACCAAGACCUCAAACCAGACAACAUCAUGGUUGAGCAUCAAACCUAUCGUGCUGUGAUCAUUGAUUUGGGACUGGCAAAGUUCUCUAAAAAUGGACUGAGCUCUGCAGCAAACAUGGGCAAUGAAGCGUACUCUGCUCCAGAGAUCCUGCAGAUGAGGGGAGUUCGUGACAAGCGUUCAGAUGUUUGGGCUAUGGGUAAAGUCAUUGCUGAACUCUGUGCCCGAAUCAGGUUACCCACCCAAUCCGUGUCUCCCAGCAAAAUUCAAGAAACUUUAAAAGAUCUUCCGUACUGUAUGCCAGUGUCCCGUAUGGUGGGGAACAAUCCAUUUUACAGAGCUUCUAUGUCUGAAGUCAUUUUAGACAUCAGGAGAGCUGCUUCAGGUUCACAAACGGAUAUCAAACCAAGAGACGUCUCCGUAACACAGGCAAAUGAAAUAAGAGGAAAUCAAAGGUGGGGUUUGCAAGCAGCCGCGCCACCAAGGAUGGAGGUCAGGAAAUCUCCUGUGUUAUACUAUCGAACGGAUCAACCACAACAGAGGGAAAUGGGAAAGGCAGUAGUCCCGUUAAAAGGAGCGGGUUUGAACAAUCAGAUGUCUUUAAUGUCAUUUCCAUGCCCCCUUCCAGAGACUGGCAAAGUGACUCAGGAACGUUACAUUGAGGAGAAAGGAGCUAUGGAAUAUAAAGAGAUAGUCACAAAGGGAGGAAGAAUCAUUAAGUAUGAGAAAGUGCAAAUAUCCAAAAGCUCUUAACUGUCACAGGAACUGAAUGUCAUUUCCGUAUGAGUGUCGGCUUGUAUAUAAAAAAGGGAUUGUGUUGUUUUUGUAAGGCAGCUGGAAAAGUGCCAAGAACUGAGUUUGUUUGUGGAGCUGGGUCACAAAACAGUAGAAGCCCAUUCUUUGUCAGAUCCUGAGGAAUGAUAUCCUGCCCUCCCCUCAGGCGUCGUUGAUGCCCAGGAACUGAACCCCCUCUUCUUAUCACAACUCUCCCCUUCAUCUCUUCAGGCCCUGAUCUCUAGAAAAGUGCUAACGCAUUUCAUUCUAUGUAUAUCGAUUAUUGUCUUGUUAGUAAGAUUUGAUCAUCAUGCUUGGUAUUGUUUUAAAGGUCAAGGUGCGAUGGGUAAAAUGGUCUGGUUCCUUCAAACCUAUCAAAGAGUGUAUUAGAACUUUUUGACUUUAGGACAUAACCUGACCUUCUCUAAGAGGUGUGACUUUCUCAGGGAAUCUUGUUUACAGGUAGAUUGUUCAGAUAGAUCCCAUUCACAAGAAAACAAACAAGCUAGGUUUCUCACCGACCAUUGAAUUCUUUGUUACAUCUGGGUCUAUAAGGUGCAUUGGACUUAGUGAAGCAUCUGUAACCAGAACGUCCCACACUGCAACUGUGUGUCUCGAUUUUGCAAGGUAUGCAUUUAUUUAAUUAUUGUACUUGUUUAUACUCUUUGUUUAAAUUCAACUUUGAAUUUGCUUUGUAUGUGCAUUGGUUUUAAUUGAUGUUGUACCUGCCUGGCAUAAUAAAUUGUUAUUGUUGAUUUAUUAAGAA